AUGGCAUACAAUUCGUUGACUCAGGCCCCUCGUAACCUCAAGGAGGGCAUUGACUGGUUGAUCGCCUUGAAGGGAGAUGAUUUUCAAUAUCACAUGGAGGAAAUGGGUGCUGCAGUUUACGAUUUGCUCGAAGACAAGCCUGUUGGAUUCACGGAGGUGCCAGCUCUAGAAGAAGUUAAACGUAUUUCUAAAGAGUUCAUGGAGCAAGAGGCGCUCAAGGACGAGUGGUCCGUAAAAAGAUUGCUGGGCAGAUUCAGUAAGCGUAUGAGUAAAACUGGAUUGUUUGCUAGACGGGGUAAAAAUGACGCCAAAAGCGAAUUCGAGAACAUCGUGCAGACCCAACAAAUGGACCCUGACGCCAUUGCAUCGAAUAUAGGUCGAGUUGUAUAUGAUUCUGAGCAGUUCUUGAACAAAAUAAAAGCCCCUGGCAAAUAUAAGUCGGCCUAUACUUCCGAAGCGACGUGGGAGAAAUCAUGUUCCGAAAAGCCGGAAGAUUGUGCAGCGGUCUUAGUUGGAAUUAUGCCAAUGUUGUACGUAGGUCUACGUUCGCUGUUUGAUGCGACAGCGCUAUCGGUUUGGGAGAGUUUAAAUGCGAAUGCGGAGAAGCAUAUGAGUGACGUGUUGAACGCUGCGGGCUUCAGAGAGCCGGAAUGCCAAGCUAACAUGAGCAUUGCUGAUGUCGUCAAGGCGUUCAAAAGUGUGGAUUUGGAUAUAUUUAUCAUACUCUAUGAUCUUGCUGGAUUCUGGGCGUUCUAUUGA